GGUUCAGACCGUCACUUGGACCAGCGUCGAGCGAGUCUACCGAGGCCUGACACCGCCAAGCAUUCACCCAAAUGUCGAAUUACAAUUCUAAAGGACAUUCCCACAGGGGUGCCUUCUAUCUAUUCAUCACGGAAUUGAGUCACACCAUUCCCGAAUUCUGUCUUGAUUUUUUGUGGGUUGCUCUCCACCGCGGAACUCCUCUAGCCUCGUAUCAUGCUGCCGAGACGUUUUCAUCUGCGGCUAUCGAGUUGAUUGAUGCUCUCUUGCUACCCUCCUGUUGGGAGAUUCUCAUCUGGCCUGUCGCCCGCUCGCAUAUCCCGAGAGUCCUGUGUACUGCCGACACUAUCCUUGACUCUGAGCAGCAUCUCACUGAUACCUGCUAUGGCCUUAUUGGUGACAUCCUUAGAGAAAUCGACUCAGAUGGCGCGGUUUCUAGGGCUAGUCUUCGGAGUCGAUGCAAAACAGCGAGUCUGACAAUCAAGCGCGAGACGCAGAUGCUAGAGAGCGUAAUGAAGAAACUGGAAAAUGACCUGAACCCGAAGAGAAUGCGUCGCUUUUACAAUUGUCUCUUUUACUUCUCAGCGGUUUUAUGCCUCUUGGUUGGCCUUCCGACGUUUAUAUUCAUUGUGUCUCCGAAGCUCGUAACUCGUGGCCUUUCUUUCACCUAUCUCAUGGCCUUUCUGGCGUAUUGGGCGCAGGAUGCAUAUUUUUACGUGUACAAAGUCUCCCGUCCCCUUAAGCGGCUACACAUAGAGACCCUUACGCUCAUUUGGGCUUGGAGAGAUAUGCGCGGGUUACUCACCCUUAUAUCUAAAUCGGAAAGUCUACAGCUAUUUGAUAUCUCACACGCAAAGACGUUUUUGGAGGCGUUCCAAUGGUCGUUCAUGGGCGGACACGUAGAAUUAUGGAAAACACGGUCGAAGAUCCAAUCCCUAUCGGGAUUCGCGGACAAAAUACAAACUAUGAAGGAUCAGGAUGCAUUGACGAGGCAUCGUCGUCGUCGUCGUACGGGCUGCCCUUGGCAUCGCAGAAGUGCUCGAAGCGCUCUCCGACUUGGUCGCACAACCCUGGCUAGUUUUUACUCGAAAGUCUCUAGUCUGAUAUCGGGCCAUAAAGGAAAGAAAAGACGCUACGCGGGCGGAGGAUCCAAACGACGUAAAACCGGAAACAAAAACGAGAAAUGAUGUUCUUCAGUUGAUGGUGAAGUUCUCCGUGAACAGCAGUUACCCGACGAUACACGAUCGAAUGGUCUAGCUUUGCUGCUACUCUUCUGGUGCAUCACACCUCUUCUUGGCUGCCCUCUUUACGUAUACUGUACAGAUGGUUUUUUCCCCCUCAGUUGCUGGGCUUGAUCAGAGACAAAGUGUAUGGAUAUCCACAAGCAACCAACUUGCGCAAACAAAGCUUGUUAGACACCAACGGCCAUGACCACUGGAUCUACGGUUCCUUCGCGAC